UUUGUGUCCUAUGAAGAUCCGAAUCAUUUGAAUGAAUUAUUUGGCCAUAAUAAAGGUGAUGAUGAUGAUAGCAAAUCAUUGGAUGAGAUUACAUUCCGUUAUGAACAUCAUCGUAGUGAAACAUUUGCUCAUUUUGUUCAAUUUCCUUCUUCCGAUUCAAAAGAAGAUUCGUUAAAUUAUUCAUCAUCAUCGGUAUAUGAUGAAUCGGAUGAUGAUCAUCAUCGAAAAUUUCGACGACAAAUAUAUGAAGAAGAUUUUCGAGUAAAAAUCAUUCCUGAUGUAUCGCCAACAACAAUCGUAGAUGAUAAACAAGAAGAAGAAGUUCAACAAUCUAAAUCACGGAAAUUAUUCCCUAGGCAAUUGUCCAAAUGUUUAAGUUCAACAACAAAUGAUUUGCAUUCAUUAUUUAAAAAACUUUCCUGUUUAAAACGUAUCUCAUCUGUUGUCGAUUUAACUCAUCAUAAAACAACCGAAACUUUAUUGAAAAAGAAACCUCGUCGUCUUACCUAUCAGAAUGGAAAAACAUUGACCAAAUCUGAUAUAAUACAUUGUCAACAAUUUGAUCAAAUCAAAGAAUCAAAUGAUGCUAAACAACAACAAUCGUCGGAAAAUUUAGAAAAAUCAUCAUCAUCAUCAUUAAUAGUUCCUAAAUUACACAUCGAGGAGAUUACCAUAAAUGGUGACAUUCAAAUAGAACAAACCGACCCAGUGCAAGAGACAAGUAGUACUCGUUUCGAUAGUCAACAAACCUCGACAAAAAUUUUCGAUCCAGAUCAUAAACUUGAUGAUCAUCAAACAUUUAUCAUAUAUUCGUCUUCAGAACCUGCAAAUGAUUUGAACAACAUUAAUACUCAUCAUCCUGAACAAUAUACAAUUUCACAAUCAAUUUCAUUGUCAAAUUUUCAUCCUGUUCCGAAAUCAAAACAAUCAUCAGAAUCAGUUGAUUGUGUUGAACAUUCUUCACCAUCAAAUUAUCGUUCAAUUUGCUUACCUUCAAAUCAUAUACAUCUUCCGCCCGCUCAAUCGCCAGCUACAAUUAUUAAUUCUGAAUCAGAAUAUUUCUCACAUUCAACGGAUAAGAAUAAAAAGUCAAAAAUGAUUGCAAAUCAACAGAACAAUCAUUUUGAAUCACAAAAUUCUCAACAAAAUCAGCCUUCAUAUGUGAAUAUUAGUCGUGUAAAUCAUGGUUAUGUUCCAUAUAAUCGAUAUACAUCCGAAUAUCGACGUGACGAUUCUCUACUACGUAGUCCAGUCGAGGAUCGUUUCACAAGUCUUCCAGUGGGAUCUUCGAAAGGAUUUCUCCACAAAAAAGUUGAAAGUCUUUAUGGAGAAUCAUUCGCUGAUGAUUGGAACAAAAGUCGUGUUAAAAAAGGUCAAUCGAUUGAAAAAAGCAUCCAUCCUAAUACUACCGAAACAUCUCCGACCAAUCAAAUCAAGACAACAUUGGCAAGCAGUAAAUUGUUUCAGAAAAUAAAUUCCGUCGAUAAUUCUGAAUCAUCAGAAGACAAUAAAUCGAAUAACAACUCUUUCGAUAAAGACUGGUGGCUAAGGGAACAUCAACCGCAUUCACAUAAAAAUCAUGAUGGCCAAGCAUUUAUGGAAAAAAUCCAGGAACAAAAAGCCCGAAUACAGAACAAGAUACAACAAGGUGAGAAAUGGCUAGCGAAUACCAAAGACAUUCCCGAAGAAUGUAUAGGAAAGAUUCGAUCAGCCAUUGGCAAAGCAAAUCUUUUAUUGGAUAAAAAAUUUCAACAAUUUCAAAAACUAUGCGAAGAUAGUAUUAAUCAAGCCGAUGGCGAACAAUUCAAGAUUCAAAGUGAUGAUCUUCAAGGAUUUUGGGACAUGGUCAUGAUACAAGUUCAUGAUGUGAAUCAAUCAUUUGAUGAAUUAAUUCAAUUUAAACAGAAUCAUUGGAAACCAUCACCACAAUUGGAUCAAAUAGAUUCCAAUUCUAAAACUAUGAGCCCUAAAAUCGGAUCACGACAACCAUCAAGCAAUAUGACCACCAUACAUAACAAUACAUCAUCACCAAGAAAAUAUGAUAAUAAUAAUAAAAUAACUGCCAACAUAAAUAGUCCACGCAAUGAAGAACGACAACGUCGUCUAAUGGAGAUAAAACGACGCGGUAAAAUGACAAUGAAACAAGAUUCAGAUGAAAUUCGGAUAUUUGCUCCAUCCAAAUAACAUUCUCGACACACAUACAAACAAACCGUAUGAAUUUUCCUUCCGUCAAAAUUCCUUCAUCGAUUUAUAUUAUAUUUAGAUUAAUUUACCAAUGGCAUAUAUUUUUUAGCUGCUCAUAUUUUAUGAGAGUGCCUCACAAAAUUUUCGCACUCGAGAUUUAGAUUUUUUUAACCAGAUAAAAAAUGACAAUGUUCAUGAUUGAUUAAAAAUAUGGUUACCUCACCAGA